AUGGUGAUGGAGCUCUUCUACGCUGAGAGUGGCUCGCCGGUGCGACCGGAAUUUCAAGCGCGGCGCGGCGUGACGGCGGACAUGAGGGCCGAAUAUGCGGCGGGACUGAGGUCCAGUCAAGGCGAGGGAAGUAGCAGUAGGACUCAGUCCAAGCCUAAGCCCGGAUCUGGGAAUGGUGCCAGAUUGCCGGGCCAAUCGCGAGAUGCUCUCAGCAAGCUGGUACCUCUUCACCCCAGCGUCAACGGACGAUCGACGGCUCCCGCCGGGAGGGCGACCGCGUCACCAUACUUCAGUGGCUCCAGUACCAUAGUCCCUCCCAAGCGGUUCACCGGCAUCCCCUCAUCCUUGCACCGCUCUAGCAACGAUACUGGUCCCUCUUCUGCCCAACCGACCAACAAGGCGAACGCGUCCGGCUCGGGCAGCAGCGGCCAGUCAUCCCGCUCACAACGUCCUCCCCCACUCACUUUCGGACGCUCUUCCACUCCGGACCCUUCCCCACCGCUCACUUCUCCCACUCCCUCCACCCCUGCCACUCCCGAAUCUAACAUCGCCUUCGCCAAAAGGAUGCAGCUCACGGGUGAUGAUGAGGAUGAUGACGACCUCAUCCAAGUGUUCGAAAGGCGGCCGGACCCUGACUCGCCCAUCGCAGCGCAUAGAGGCUCUACGCCGAUCAGGCAGAAAGUCAGCAAGCGUCUGAUCGGCGGGUACGAUCUGGAGCCCGAGAAUCAGCGGGGAGGCGGGAAAGCCGGCAAGAAGAAAGAUGGGGACGGCGCCUCGAGCGCUGCUGGCAAAGGCGAGACCAAGGCGGGCAGGGGAGGGACGGGCAAAGCUGUGCCGCAGAAAAGAGCACCGCUGGAGACGGCGGCGGGUUUCAAGCGGUCGAAACGUAGAGUAAGCUCGCCAGUGGAGGCGGACGACGAGGAAGACUUGGAAGAUGUCAUCGUGGCGACACCAGAGAAGGCCGCGCCGAAGCGGCGUGCAGCUGCGAAAGCCAAACCGGGAACGUCGAAGACCGUGCUAGAAGUUCUCGAUGACGACCCGGUAGCGCUCAUCCUCAAGCCUCAACCUAGGAAGGGCAAGGAUAAGGCUGCUCCGGCGGUUGUCAAGACAAAAGCUCGGACCAAAGAGGACGAGCACUCGGCGUUGUUCUCAGCAUUCGCGACAGCUGUGCCGGAGUCCCCGCGGAGGAAGCGGAAAGGGAAGGUUGAUGAGUCGGAUGAGUUGGCUGGAGGGUUGUUUAGCGCGUUGGCCAUGGACAAGGAGAAUGGGAGGAGUAUCGCUAAGGCCAAGGAGGCGGCUAUUGAGAGGCUGGAAAGCUCGACGGCGGCUUUCAAGGCCGGCUCUGUACUGUCGACGCCCACCAAGGCCAGGAUGCGCGCGGACAAGGAAACGAGGGAGUACUGUCCGUACUGCAGCGGCGAUAUGCCAGUCGAUGCUGAUCAAGAGUUCUGGAAUCUCGGCGCCGUCCUUCGUUCCAUCUCAGAGACCCCGAAGAAGCCCAAAUACCCUUUCAAUCGCAAAAUCGAACUCACCAAGCGGCUCGACUUUUGCGCCUGGCAUGAGGCUCUCACAAAGAUCAUUCCGGCCGGCUUGGAUUCGGGAUAUCCAGAGCAUCUGGACUUUCUCGAUCUGCCAAGGCGCCUGGAGACGGAGGAGAUACGCACGGCACUAGAGGGGUUGGCGGAGUUCCCGCUGAGGAGCGCCAAGUUCACGGAAUUUGGACAACUGAUCGAUGCCAAGGGUCGGACGUGGUGGAAGACUGCGCAGCUCAAGCAGCCGGCGGUGGUGCAAAAGCAGCAUGUUGGGUACUACGGCGAGAUCGGCCGAGCCAUCAUUUCGUAUCAUAUCAAGACCCUCCUCGCAUGGGGUCACUACCCAAACCUCAUUCCCAGACCCGGCGAAAUCUCGUCCGUCGACCCAAUGACCCCCGACGAGUACAUCGAGCACAUCCUCAUCCCGGAAGCUGGCGUCCUGCUCAUCAAGCAAGACCUCGAUGGAGAAGAGCUGGAGCCAGGGGAGGAGAGAGGUGAUGUCAGGAAAAAGGCGGAGGGGGUGUGGGCGCAGAGCAGGGAAUAUGGGAUGUGGAAGUUCAAGGACUCGGAGAAGAGUCAAGUGGUGCAGAGGGACGCGGAGGUGAUGAUUGAGGGGAUGAAGAAGGAGAUCGGCGCUGCUCGAGCGGCCAAUCGAUCGCAAGGGGCGGCGCGGAAGAAGCGGCGGAGGGAGAUUGAGGAGAAAGUCGGCGGGGGGAAGAGGUCGGCGAAUCGCACGCCUGAUCCCAUCGUUAUCGACGAUUCGGACGACUCGGAAUUGUCGGACGCGCCGGAUGAGCCCGAGUCUCUAUUGUCCUCCCAGGCGUCCCACACCCCGUCUUUCCAACUCUUAUCCUCCAAGAAGGGUCAAUAUCGGAACACCUCGGUCAAGAGCUCGCCAGCUUCGUCCUCACGCGGCGGUCGUUCCAGCGGGGCCAGCAGCUCCGCCUUAUACCCAGGUUCUACCCAUACACGCUGGAGCGGCAGUGGUCCCGAAGACGAUGACAGCGACGGUGGCCCCGAAGAAGGUGACAGCGGAGAUCCUCUCGACGUCAUUGGAAGUGACAAUGACCCAGAGGCGUCGCAGCAGUCAUUGCCCAAACCUUCUGCUCGGUCGCCGACGUUCAAGGGCGGGGCCCGGCCGAAGUUCGACAGGGUGGAGAGCGAAAGCUGGGACGUGGAGAGCUGGGACGGCGGGGAUCUCGACGGCCUGCCGGGCUCGGCGCAAUGGCAGCCACCCGUACCGUCCAUGGCGGCCUUGCCGGUCGAUAUGAGCAAGACGGAGCCCAAGCCGGCGUAUUACAAGCUGCAAUUCGGAGACGAUUAUACGGGAUUCAGCUAUUAUGUGCGGACUUUGGGUAUUGUCAUUGGGCGGAAAUGCGAAAAGCCCAUUCAGGUGCCUCCCCCGGAUAUCACCUCGCCGCAGGUUCCCGCGAGACCACCACUUGAUGCGGACGAGAGCAUGGCGGAAGGUGCUGGAGGGAUGCUGGAUCCGGCUCAGUUGGGGGACAUGCUGUCAGCGGAAGAAUUGGGGGACAUUCCGCUCGACCUAUUCCCAGGCGUAUCUUUACCGGAGAAUAGCGGUCUCGAUACGCCGUCCGUUACCGGACAAGCUCCCUCGGUCUCGCCAAGUCUACCACCUCUUGACGGACUUGUAUCGCCGGGGGGCGUUAUGGAGAUCGGUCAGCCCGUCUUCGGCGUACCGCAGCAGGCGAUCGGCGGCGCAGAGAUGAGCCUCGCGGACAUGCAGCAGGUCCUCACGGCCGAGCACCCCUCAUUCUACGCCAACGGGCUCCCGGAUGGAGAAUACAACCUCGACCACGAUCUGGAUGUUGCGAGCGAUGCUGCCAUGAUCCACUUUAUGCUCAGCGGAUCGGACGCCCCUCCUCCACCCCCACCCCCUCCCAGAUCCGCCUCAUCGGUCGAACACGUCGAUGUCGAUCUCGGACCGCUCAAGUCUGUCUCGCGGAACCACGCCAAGAUUGACUUUCGGCCGGAGUUGGGUCAUUUCUGCCUGGAGAUUCAAGGGCGGAAUGGUGCGUGGGUUGAUGACCGGUAUUACGUGAAGGGAUCUGCUGUGCCUCUGUACCAAGGCUCUGUCAUCCAGAUCGCUACUCGCAUCUUCUCCUUCAUCCUCCCACCGACCCCUGGUGGCUCUCCUGGCACUCCACACGUCCUUGAUGCCUCCUUCGACUCCAACAGCCCCCUCGACGAUGUCCCGUACCCAUACAAUCUCCCCGCAAGCCAAGUCGGCUACCAGGAAUUCUUUGGCGAAUCCGCCACCAGUACACCUGGUGCCGGACCGGGACCUACCACCAUCUCGCAAGUCCCACAGCCGUUCAACGCGUUCACGGCGCAGGACGGGCAAGGUCUGGGGCUGGGCAUGGAAUAUGACUGGAGUCAGGACAAGCGGAAGGGGCGGCAUCACUGGACAGAGGAAUGGAGCAGCGAGGACAGCGAAGAUAGCUGGGACAGCUGGGACGAGAGCGAUGAAGUGGAAGAGAGGAAAAUACAUCGUCGUGGAAGACGUGAGCGGGGAGCCGACGAGGGGGAAUCGGAGCUGUCCAGUCUUGAGGACGGAUCCGAUGAGGAUGAGGAUGAUGAGAUGGAGGAGGAAGACGGGGAGGAAGAGGUGGACGCCGAGUCCGAACCAGAAGUCGUUAAGGACGAGCCGAUGCCGGAGGUGGUCCAGCAGAAGAAGCGCGGUCGGCCAAAGGCACCCAGUGUCACGCAGCCGCCAGCACCUCCACCUCAGCCUCAAACUCAACCCCAACCGGUCCCGGUCCCGAUCGUUGUCAAGGACGAGGAAGAGCCAAUCCCUUCGCCCGCACCCAUCCGCAUAGGCAAGGGCCCGGCGAAGAGCGGCAAGCUGCCGGCCAAGAGCGUCAAGGCUGUCAAGGCACUCAAGGCGCAGGUGGUCAAGAAGAAGAUGAGCAGUGGGGAGGAUGUGGUCAUGGCGGAGCAGAGUGGAAGUGCGGAGGACGGCGCUGAAGCGAAGAAGGCAAAGAAGGUUAAGGCGGAAAAAGCGGAAAAGGUGGACAAGCCCGAGCCAACUGUCGAGGCGAAGCUACCGGAGUUUGGGCCAAAGGAGAAGCCAAAGCCUCCGCCAAAGAAGCCGGCGCCGAAAAAGGUCAAACCGGCUCCAAACCCAGCUGCUCCGCCAAGACCCCCUCCGGUUCCCGGUGUACUCAUACCGGGUCUCUCCGUCCAGCAAACACCUCCACCGCCUCGACCUCCUGCCACGCUGGCCGCUGCUAUGGCGGCGUCUGCUCCCCCACCUCGGCCACCUCCCGCACCCGCGCCUACACCUGCACCUGCACCUGCGCCCGUAGUGAGACCCCCGCUUCCACUCCCACCACCCGCACCGAGGCCUCCUCCCGUCCGAGCAGUCCCACCCGUCCCGGUUGCCCCAGCUGUCCGUCCUCCAGUUGCGGUACCUAUCCGCCCACCGCCUCCUCCGCCUAUCAUCAGACCACCUCCGCCACCUGCUCCAGUCGCCAUCCCGCCUACUCCACCUCGGCCCGUCCCCGUCCAGGCCAUCUCGGCGCAGAGCACCGCCGCUUCCUCACCCGGUGGUACUCCGGAACCGCAGAAACCCUUCUUCCUCACCGAGCUCAUCGAGACUCCCGGUCGACCGGGUCACAUCAUCGUCAAUGUGCCCAUUCCUCCUUCUGGCGCGGGACCUCGUCCGCCUCCCGGACCUCUCAUCGGUCUCGAUGGCGAGGAGUUUAUCGGGCCACCGCCUAUCAAGCCUACCGCCACCUUCGCCAUCAUCAUCUACUCUGCGCUCGCCAAUCUACCGCGGGGACGAGGGACGCUCGGGGAGGUGUGCAACUGGAUCGCGGGCGAGUGGGAGUGGUUCCGUCUGAACGUGGAUACGGGAUGGCAGAACUCUAUCCGGCACAACUUGUCGCUCAACAAGGCGUUCCUCAAGGUUCCGCGGAUCCCGGAGGACGAUCCCGAGUCAAAAGGGUCGGUGUGGAUCAUUGAUCCCAAGGAGGGGCCGAUCUUUGAGGAGAAGCAGCGGAAGGAGGCGCAGAAGAGUGAGGGCAAGACGAGGACGGCGGAGAUGAGGGCGGUGAGGGAGCGUCAGAAAAUUGACGAGAGGUCACGGAUGCAGAAAGAGGGGCUUAUCCCAACGCCGUCUGCCGCACCGGCGGCGGCUUCCACACCGGCUCUUCAACCUCGCCCGGCUCCCGCUCGAGUGGCGGUACCCACCGUCAGACCGACACCUCGUCCGCCCGCUGCUCCGCCGGUACCGAAAGGUCCGGUCCUACCCAAGGGCAAAGUCACCGUCUCGUUCGAUACAAUCACUCCUGCUAUGCGGACCGACUCGCUCAUCCAGACCAUGGACUCGAAUGGGAACCCCUUACCCUUCGUGUGUAACGCAACGGCACUUGUGCUGGAGCGGUCGGCUUUCGGACAUCUCACGCCCGACAUCAUCGAGAAGCUCCACAUGCUCGGUGCGCACACGGCGGUCGAGGUGCUGCUUUCUUGGGUCAAUAACAAGAACAAGCAGCAGCUGGCGAAAGCGGCUCAGGCCAAGGCUGCACAAGCCUCGGCGUCGUCCUCGGCCGCGUCGGCUCGUCCGGUCAUAAGGCCGAGUAUGGCUGCAAAGCAGGCUCGUCCGCCUGCUCGUCCACCUGCAGCUACUCCAGCUGCUCGCCCUCCUGUACAUCCUGCCCCCGCACGCCCUCCUCUUGCGUCGAACGCUUCGGCCUCGUCGUCUACCUCAGCUACGCAGACUGCACCAGCUGCUCGCCCUCCAGCUCCUGCGUCCGCAGCGAGGCCGCCAGCUGCCGCUGGUGCGCCAGCCAAAGUUGCCCCCGUCCUCGGUCCCGCACCACCCGGAGCGACCAUGACAAAGAUCAUCACCCUCAUCGCUAGCGUCGCCGCCAAUAAGGGGGACGUCAAGACGGUCGGACAGCACGCUGUCGCUCUCUUGCGGUAUAUCAAGCAGGUCGGCGCAGCCAUCGAUCUCAAGGCGGCAGAGCGGAUCUGGGCGACGGGGAUCGUCCCGCCGUUGAACAAGCCGGCGGGAGGGGCGGUAGGCAAUGGUGUAAGGCCUGGGAUGAACGGCGCGAAUGGCAUGGUACGGAAGCCGGGAAUGCCUGGCGCGCAAGGUCAGACGUUGGCGCCGAAAGGACAGCUCAGACCGCCCGCGCCUGCUUCGUCUGCUGGGACGAGAACACCUACUCCCACGGCGCGGACGGUCGGGCUGCCGUCUCCACAGCCACAACCAGUCGUCCGACCACCACCUCCGGCGGCUGCGGCGGUGAUGAAUGGCGGCGGCGUAGUAGGGGCGGGAGGGAUGCCGGGACUGAAGCGGAAGUUGGAGGACAGUCAGGGGAGCGCGCAGAACCCUAUCAAUCUGACUCCGGGGGCAGGGAUAGCGUCGGAAGCGAAGAGGCCGAAGUUGGAGGCUGGGGGAUCUUGA